GCUUCACAGCCAAACAGAGCCUUGCAGGCCCGCGCCAGCAAUGCUCGCCGCUGCUGCGCACUGCAUCCUCCGCGCCUCUGCCGCGUCCGCCAGCAGCGCGGCUCGCCCAGGGGCCCUGCUGCUACAGCCCCUGCUGCAGCACCAGCAUCCGUAUCAGCUGCCGCUGCUGCUACAGCCGCUGCUGCGGGGUUACGCCGGUGACGCGGGCGACCGCGGCGAGGGCACUACUGCGGUAUCGGAGCCGGGGGCCACGUCGCCUCGCUCCAGCGGCCUCAGGGACGGCGGCGCGGGGCCGCAGCAGCAGGAUGUCAAGUUCGACCCCCGUGACGGCACCGCGUUUUCGCGCAACGAUAUGCCCAGCAGGAAGUCCGGAGAGGUCGAUGACGACGGGUACUGGGGCGGCGGUGGCGGCGAGGCCACCACUGACACCGCCCGCAUCCGCCAGGAGAUUGAGUCUCCCGCGAACAGCUACGACAGCGGCUUCCUGGCAGGCAUGCACCGGCCCGGAGACAUGACGGUGCGGGAGCUGGACGAGCAGGGCCGGGAGGUGGGCGCGGUGGGGCCCGACCCCGGGGCACCUCGCGGCUACGUAUGGCACCGGCAGACGGUGGAGGGCGCGAUGGCCGCUGACAACGACAACCACCAGGAGGGACUGCCUGCACCUGACGGCGGCGCGGGCAGCAUCAGCCGCACCCAGCCGGGCGGCACCCCGGUGGCGGGGGGAUUGGACCCACUGCGGCCGGACGGACCCGCCGGCGGCCGCGUCAUGAGCGCGGACCCGGGUGCGUUUGCGCGGCAGCGGCUGAGCGAGAUGGCCAGUGAGGCGUGGGAGACACUCAAGCACGGCGUUAACAACGCGGGCCAGCCGCAGGUGGUUGAGGAGCUCAAGCGCGUCACGCCGGAGACGGGCGGCGGCGACAGCGGCGCAGUGCUCGACCAGCCGCGCAGCACCGCCAGCCGCCCGGAUGAGCGCACGGAGAAACUGAUCAAGGAGAUGGCAGAGCGCAAAUAAAUAAAAGACGGAGGAUUAGAUUGCGUGAGGUGGGGUGGCAGAGGCGGAUAGCAGGCGGGGGAGGAGCAGGCAGGGCUGUGGGAGGAGAUGGAUGGGGCCAAACGCCGAGGCGGUGGCCGCGGCCCAGUUUGGAAGCGGCAAGGAGGCGGCCGCCCAGCUGGCGGCCCAGUUCGGCGGCGAGGACGGCGCCGACCCUGUGGAGGCCGCGAGUGCCAGCCACAAGGCACAGGGCAAGGCACAGGGCAAGCCACAGGGCAGCUGCGCGGCGUGUGAGGUGGAGGGGCGGGAGAGUCAGGCGACGGUGCGCUGGGAGGCCAACGGCCUGCUGAUGUGCCACCGCCAUUACGGCCGGUUUAACCAUUGGAAGCGGGGCUGCGGCCGCCACGCCAAGCUGGCGGACGACCUGGAGCUGGCCAAGGCGGUGAUGGCCCACAGCGCUGGUUGGGGCCGCAGCAGGUUUCAGGUUUGGGCCGUGGCAGGUUUGGGCCGCGGCAGGUUUCAGCAGGUUCGGGUGCGCACCGUACACAGGUACGUGUGCACUGACGGCACCGGUUGUCCAGGUUGAGUUAUUUGGCGCAUUGUGAUUGUACAGCGCGCGUUGGGGGCGGUGUUGACGAGGUGCCUUAGGGGCGGUGUUGACGAGGGGCACUUGGGCAAUACGCGUGUGAAAUGGAAGUCACAUAACUUCAAGAACUCUUGCUGCUAGCUCUUUACCGUAAUAGCUGCGUGCAGCACAGAGCUGGUGUGCGCAGGCAGGUAGGCCAUUUGCCGGGUUGGCGGGUUGCCUGCUGGCGUGUUGUCUUCCAGCGCAUCACGUGUCUGGCAGGACCCGAGGACCUUGUACCGGUAACUCCGCCAAGUGAGCGGAUCUGCGCAGUCCCCAUGGCUCAGACACGGUGUUGCGAGCUGACGAGCUGUAACAGGGAGCAUGCUGCCACGAAGUAGUCGUUGUUGGGACUUGCUUGUACGUCUGGGACCGCUCGGGGGCGUUGUCGACGGGCAUGCGUGUCCCGAAUGGGGUACGAGGGCACGCUCCUGACACGCUCCACACCAACACCAGUACGCACGUGAAGCCAAGUAGCCAAUCGAUAGACGACAUGAUAAUUCAUAGCUGACCGUU